GAAGAGAAAACACCCCGCGAGGUUAACAUGAGCAGCGGGGACUGUGCGCACCGGACCGCGCUGGAACUUUCUUUUCUCCGGGAGCGCAGGAGGUGAUGCGCCCUGCGGGACUCGUGUCGGGUCUGGUACCGGAGAGGAUGGCGGAACUGAUGCACCACAACACCACGUUCUUCGGGAACCGGUCCAGCGUGGAACACGACCGCUUCAGCAGCCUGGAUGACAUCGACGUGCCGGCGGACGGCUCCCCGACCCUGCGCAUCCUCAUCUCCAUCGUGUACUCCGUGGUGUGCGCCGCCGGGCUGGUCGGGAACCUGCUGGUGUUCUUCCUGAUGAAAGUGCGCCGGGGCAGGAGGAAGCGCUCCAGCAUCAACCUGUUCAUCAUCAACCUGGCCGUGACGGACUUCCAGUUCGUGCUCACCCUGCCGUUCUGGGCGGUGGACACGGCUCUGGACUUCAGCUGGCCGUUUGGAAACGCCAUGUGCAAGAUCAUCCUCUCCGUGACGGUGAUGAACAUGUACGCCAGCGUGUUUUUCCUCACCGCCAUGAGCGUCACUCGGUACUGGUCUGUGGCCUCUGCCCUGAAGGACCGGACCCGACGACGGGUGUGCCCGGUGCGCUGGGUGAUCACCGGGCUCUGGGUGUCCGCUACGGUGGCCUCUUUGCCGACCGCGAUUUUCUCCACGGUGAAGAGCGUGGCCGGGGAGAGGCUGUGCCUGCUGGGGUUCCCGGACGGCCAGUCGUGGCUGGCGCUGUACCACCUCCAGAAGAUCCUGGUGGCCUUUGUGUUCCCCAUGCUGAUUGUCACCGUGUGCUACCUGAUGCUGCUGCGCUUCGUCCGCCUGCGCAGCAUGAACAACAACCAGGUGAAGCGGAGGUCCAGGGUGACCCGCUCCGUCACCAUCGUCGUCCUCUCCUUCUUCAUCUGCUGGAUGCCAAACCACGCCAUCACCCUUUGGGGCGUCCUGGUGAAAUUCAACGUGGUCAACUGGGAUAAGACGUACUACAUGGUGCACACGUACGUCCACCCGGUGACCGUGUGCCUGGCGCACACCAACAGCUGCCUGAACCCGGUGCUGUACUGCCUCAUGCGCAGGGAGUUCAGGAAGAAGAUGAAGGACCUGUUCUGGAGGAUUUCCUCGCCCACCGGGACGAACACGUGCCCCCUGCGGCCGUUCUCCGGGACGGUGAGAGCGGAGCCGGAUGAUUCGCAGGUCGUCAUCCCGCUGCACAACGUGGAGACGGAGAACUACCGACUGUCUGUGUUAACGGACCAGUGCGACACGGACGCGCUGCAGAGGUAAAGCAGACUUUAAAGAACAGAAGUCUCUUAAACCCGCGGACAUCAGCUGAUGGAUGUUUUCGAUUAUUAGCCAGACUUUCCGGUGAAUGCUGGUGAUCUGUCUCAGAUGUCUCACAGUGAAGCUGCUCUUUAUUCAACAAGUGCUGUUCGACGGAACACUUUCACAUCUGAGCGCCGUGCAGACUGAGCCAGUCCGUUUAUUUAAGUUUUCUGUUUUAUCACAGUUUACCAGCUUCACCUGGUUGGGAUCUGACGUCACAUGAUGAUGCCAGGUGAUGCUGCUGUGGUUUCUUUGGUUGUGAGAAGAUGACUCUGUGUUUUUCUUCAGUGUAAACGGAGUUCAGGCUCCGCGUCUCAUCCGAUGCUGCUGCUGCGUUCCGGUCUGAUCACAGCGCUGCGGGGAGGAUUCAGCUGCCGCUGCCGUUGCCGCUGCUGCCGCUUCUGCCGCUGCUUCCAACAUCAUUCUGUGGAGUAUUAGUGACGUUUGUUGUGACUGAUGUGUAAAAUAUACGAGCUUAAGUGAAUGUAAAAAAAAAUUGCCAAUGCAACCUUAAAAACAACGUUUAGAGAAUCAAAUAAUGAAUCUGAGAUGAGUUCAAGUGUUGGUGCUGUUUGAGGGUUCUGGUGCGUUUAAGGGGCAGAAAGGCUGUGAUGCUUUCAGUGCUUUCUGGACUUUUCAGGCUGUGAUUGUAGGAACAGAUUUACUGGCAGAAAUUGAACUCGAGUGUCUACAUGCCAGCGUCCUGACUGGAUCUGACUCCCUGAGCUGUGAAGAGGAUCCCAACAGGAAGCAGUUUAAUGUGAGAAAGGGAAGAUAAAUGUUUAUUUCUAAAUGUUUCUGUUGGCAGCAGAGACUGAAAAGAGCCUCAUUCUGAAAUGUAGCUCUGUUCCUCUGUUCCAUGAAGACAUUUUAAAGGUUACGUUUUGUUUUAGAGGCUGACUUUAAAGUCAUUCUAUUCCCCAAACUUCUCCUUUUCUUAUACUCACAGUUCACAUCAGCACAGCUGAGCUCCUUUCUCAUCGGCUCUGUGCAAAUCUGUCCGAUCCAACCAGUUUGCAGCAUUUGAAUCAGCAGGCAUGGUUUAAAAUUAGAGGGCUGCUAAUUAAAAAACAGGAAUUCAAAAUAUCAAGCACAUUGUUCACAUAGUAAGUAACAACUGACGAUUAUUCCCAAUUUAUCUCUCAGGUCGUUUAUUUUCUUGAUUCGUUGUUUGGUUUGUAAGAUAUAAUAAAAAUUGUGAAAAUGUUGGUUAUGAUGUCUUAAAAGCUAAGUUGAUUCGUUCAAAAUGUUUUUUCUUUCAGCCCAAAACCCCCAAAACUUUGUUUUUCUGUCAGACGAGACAAAGAAAAGCAGAAAAUCUUUACAUUUAGGAAGUUGGGAUCAGUGAAUGUUUGGUAUCUUUGCUGAAAAUGAGUUUAUUUAAUGAUAAAUUGAUCAUCAGAUAAACAGUUGACGAAUCAUUUCGGCUCGUAAACAAAUGAAGAGUUGCAUGUUCUGUUAGAAGUGUGUUGUGUUGCACUGUGAAAAGUGACGAUUGUCUUUAAUUGCUGCAGAUGUCAUUUUUAUCUGAUUAGUACAAACACGCUGCCGUGUUGUUUUCAGUUUGUGCUCAUGUUUAAAGGUUGUGCAAAGUUAUUUGGACUUCAGAUGUUUAAGAUUUCAUUUCCUUCACUGAAAAAAAAAGCUGAAUUUGUACAAAUUAGCACAAAUGUGACCAGGAAAUGUUCAACAUGCUGCAUUCAGGUCAUCUUCUGCAGAUCUGUUGAUGGAAACGAGGAUAAAAUGACUCAGAUCAAGAGUAAAUGAACUUCUUGUUUAGAUGAACUCUGCUUGCUUCUUUCCUGUCUGUCCAGCCGAAGCAGAAAUCCCUCAAUCUGAGGUUUGGAGGAGCUGCUGCUGUCAGCCAAUCAGGGUUCAGAGUGAUAAACAGGCCUGGUCUCUGAGUUCAGGCCAAAAACACACUUUCAAUGAGACCAGAUGACUUUGCAUAACAUUUUUCAUGUCAUGAGCUUUAAUCUAAACGAAACAAAAGAAUAAAUAGUUCAAU